AAUCAGAUUAGUGAGUACAUUUGAUAUUUAAAACUUGAUCAGAGUCGCAGUCAGUCGCAGUGGUAGAUUGUUCACUAUGGUCCCAACAUCAUAGAUAUAAGUGCAGUGAUUUACAGUGCAGAUAUUCAAAAAAACCGCAGUCCUUGUGUUUUGUUAUGAUCAGAUCGUUAUUCAAGAUAAUUUGGAAUAAAGGUCUUAAAUUCAAUAUGCCUUCAUCGUGCUCGGUUCGUCAUAUUCUUGAAUUAUCCAAGUUCGAAAAAACAAAAUUUCUAAACUCCUUCGACAUUGUCUUUUGCGAUUGCGAUGGUGUGAUAUGGGAUGCAACAACACAUAAGCCUCUCGAAGCAGUCGGAAACGGAAUCAAGAAAUUAAAAGAACAUGGAAAGAAAGUGGUUUUUCUCACAAACAAUAGCACUCGAUCUGAGGAGGAUUAUGCUAAGCAGUUCCAAUCGGUUGGAUUAGAUAUUGAUUUGGAAGAUGUAGUGCAUCCAGUCCGUUCAAUCAUCACAUAUCUUAGGCAGAUUGAAUUCGAUGGUCUCAUUUAUUGCAUGGCUACUGAGGCUUUCAAGGAUUCUCUGAGAAGUGCAGGAUUUAAAGUUAUUGAUGGACCCAACAAGAUACUCGAGGAAAGCUUUUCUGAGCUGGCGCGAAAUGUUUUCGACAAGGAGCCAGUUCGUGCUGUAGUUGUAGAUGUCGAUAUCAAUUUGUCUUCAUCGAAGAUGAUCCGAGCUGAUGUAUAUUUGAGACAUCCGGCAUGUAUUUUAAUAGGAGGUGCCGCAGAUGUUAAAAUUCCCUUUGGUCCAGCGAAUACUAUAGGACCAGGAGCAUUUCUUAGAAUCCUAGAGCAAUCAUCCAAACGUAAAGCCCUGACAUUUGGAAAGCCAGGCGACGAGUUAAUCUCUCAUUUGAAAAGGGAGUUCAAAGUUAACGAACCAAAGCGAGUUCUACUCAUUGGUGACAUUUUGGAAACUGACAUUGUAUUCGGUAAAAUGGGAGGUUUUCAGACGAUGUUGGUUCUUACUGGUUGCACCAAGAAGGAGGACAUGGAGGUUAUCACAAAUGAAAAUGAAAAACCUGAUUAUUACGCAGAUAGUGUUGCCGAUUUUAUUGAAUUUUUUGAGAGUAUUAAGGAAGAAUAAAAAUAUAUAAAGGUUUAUCAAAUAUAUAGAUACAAAUAAAAAUCAUAAUUUAUUGAGCAGAUUGAAUAUGUUUCACUUUCAACCUAUUGGAUAAUAAAUUGAUAUAUAAAAGUA